AUGCAGCCUUCAACACUGUAUCCACCUCCUGCGCCCAUACCACCGGUCGAUUUGGGUUUGGACCAAAGCGAACCAUUCGUACCGAUCCCGCCGUCGCCGACAAUGUGUUACGCGCCAUCGCCUUUACCUCCGAUGUACCCAUCGCCACCUACUCCUCCGAGCUUGCUCGCGGUAUCGUACAAGCGUACCCGAGUAUUGAUCAAGUGGCCGCAAACCUACGGGGAUAUGCUCGAAGCCGUACGCAUCGCGUUCCCUCAAAUUACCAAGGACGACGCCAAGAUCUACUUCGAGACGCGCGUCAGCAUAGACACGAAGGACUACAAGACCAAGCCCGAACGCGCGCGCGUCACGCCCGAGUCGUGGAUCGGCAUCCAGCCGCCUUGGGGUCCCAGUAUGGGCAUUACUGAGAUAGACGUGAAGACGCAGAGGAAGGCGUGGAACCUGGUCAAGGUGUACCAGCAUGGCCGGAAGGGAGUCGAUGGGGUGGACGAGAAGCGGUGA